UAUGGGAGUUCCGUGAAUGACGUAGUAACGACUGUAUCUACCGUGUGCUGCAGUUUCUCUCUGUUUGCUCUUAUGAGACCCUCGUGCUCAGACUUCUUCACGGCCAGAAGAUCAAGCAAAGGUGCGGAAGGGCUUUUCCAUUUCACUUGGCCAUACACUGAGGUGUCUAAUGGCCUCCAGCUUGGGGCUGUCCAUGUGAGAAGAGAAGGGCAGACACUUAUAGAGAGAGAAGAGUUUCCCACAGAGCAUGGCCUCUGCCAAAGAAGAUGGAGUGGAUGAAAGAACGGUGGACAUUAAAGAAGAGGACUGUGAGCGGCUUACAUCAGAUGAUGUGUGUGUGAAGCUGGAGGAUCAUGAAGAAAGCAUUUCAGUUUUUAAAGAAGAGGAGGAUUGCCAGGGGGUGACUGCUGCCAUUAAAGCUAAGGAUCUGAAUGAUUUCUCUGUUGGUCUUGAACUUCAAAAGCAUGAAACUGAGGAUAUUUUCAAGCAAGUUGCCCGUGAAGAAUCUCCAUCCAGUUUACAGCCCCGGUCCACUAAUUCGGGACGACUGGCUACACAGGAGAAUUGUGCAGAGCUGAAAUCAGAGUUAUCAGAGUCUGAAGAGAAAAUCACCGAGGGAAAUGGGAGAGAAGGAGAAGGGUCACCUGGGAGUGUUGGAAUGAAUUUACAGAAGAAUGGCAGUUUCUCUCCACCUUCAUUUGGUCAACCCUGUCUUCAAUAUAAAGAGAAAGGUAUGAAGAAAUCAGCAAGAGGAUCAGAUAACCUGACAGCAGCCUUUUUGCAGUGCAGUUCUCUCCCUGCUACUGGAGUAACACAGACAGAAACCAACAAAACUGAUGGACAGCAAGUGGAGAAAGAAAUCCAAAUUCAAACUGGGAAAAAAUGUUUGGAAUGUGGCAAACAAUUCACACACAAAAGUGAUCUUAAUAAGCAUAUGAAUAUUCACACUGGAGAAAAAACAUAUUGUUGUAAUGAAUGUGGUAAGUCCUUCUCAAGGAAAAGCAGUCUUCAGAACCACAGAAGAAGCCACACAGGAGAAAAAACUCAUUGUUGUCCAGAUUGUGGGAAGUCGUUCUCAAGAAGAUACGAUCUUCAGAGACACAGAAUAUUCCACACAGGAGAAAAACCUCAUUGCUGUCAAGAAUGUGGUAAAUCGUUUUCAUGGAGAAGUCAACUUCAGUGGCACAAACAUAUUCACAUGGGAGAAAAACCUCAUUGCUGUUCAGAAUGUGGCAAGUCCUUCUCAAGGAAAAGCAGUCUUCAGAACCACAGAAGAAGCCACACAGGAGAAAAGCCUCACUAUGAAGUAGCGGCCCUGAAGCACCACAAGCUGGUUGAUCCUGAUAGAAAUCUGAAGGAGAAACUCUGUGAGAAACAUCAGAAAAGUCUAGAGAUGUUUUGUAAAACUGAUGAGACGUGUGUCUGCAUGAUGUGUGGAAUGACUGAACAUGAUGGUCAUGAAAAGGUCGAGCUGAAGACGGAAAGAGAAGGAAAACAGAAACAGCUGGGGUCGACACGGAGUGAAAUUAGGAGGAGACUUGAAGAGAGAGAGAAGAAACUGAAGGACACGAUGAGGACAGUGGAGGAGAUGAAGCUUUCUGUGGAAAGAAUGAUGGGGGAACAUGAAAGAAGCUUCACUGAUCUGAUUCACUGCAUUGAGGAAACCCACAAGAAAUUGACAGAAAAGAUCAGAGAACAAGAGAAGAGAGAAAAGGAGAAGGCUGAAGGAGUCAUGGAGAGACUG